UGGUUGAUUAUCUUCCCCAUUUUUCAUCGUCUGCAGCCAAACCAGCAAAGCAGCAGCUGUCAAAAGUUUUCAUGUGCUGUUUUGUCUGCAAGCAGGUUUCAACAAAGUGUGAAAUUAGAGGGAAAAUUGUGGCCAUAUUGAGUAGUGCAAAUUGUAUCAAAAACAUCUUUAGUGAUCUAGUGUAGUAUCCCAGAAAACAAAAGUUUUGCAAAACAUUACUACCAAACAAACCUUCUGGAAGUUGCUUCCGUUUGUUUGUUUGGUUGCUGCCAACAACCAACGCAAUAAAUUCAGCGGAUCCGGGACCUGGAGUUCGAUUAUUUGUUACCUGACAACCAUUCUUUACUUGGAUUUACUCAUUCAUACUACUUGGCAGAGUGAAACUUCCAUUAUGGCUUCAAUCGGAUCCCAAUCAACGGGGACUAAGAAAACAUCGACCACGGCCACUGGCACAACAGGUGCGGCAGGUCGGAAGAAAUCAGGUCCGAAGUUUGAGCUCUCUGACGAGCAACGUCAGGACAUCAAGGAAGCCUUUGAUCUUUUCGAUUCCGAAGGAACCGGAAUGAUCGACACCAAGGAGCUAAAGGUGGCUAUCCGAGCACUAGGAUUUGAACCAAAAAAGGAGGAAAUCAAGAAGAUGAUUGCCGAAAUUGACAAAGACGGUUCGGGCAAGAUAUCGUUCGAGGAUUUCCUUUCACUUAUGACCGUCAAAAUGGCCGAGAAGGACUCCAAGGAGGAAAUUUUGAAGGCAUUCCGGUUGUUCGAUGAUGACGAAACAGGAACCAUUUCCUUCAAAAACCUUAAACGAGUCGCCAAAGAGCUGGGAGAGAACCUAACCGACGAGGAACUGCAGGAGAUGAUUGAUGAGGCCGACCGAGAUGGGGACGGAGAAGUCAACCAGGAAGAGUUUCUACGAAUCAUGAAGAAAACUAGCCUGUACUAAGAGAUAUGAAAGUAAAAUAUCCAUUAUUCUAUAUGUUAAAUAAGCCGUACCUUGCAAAACGCAGCUUCAAAAGAAUUUGCAUUUAUGCUAAACUAGUAGUCUUAACAACAAUAAAUAUAAUAACUUUAUACAAAACAAAUCGAAAAUCAAAGCACUGUCGUAAACGCGUUGUAAUUAAUAAACCAGUGAUGCACUGAAGUUCUUUAAAAAUUGUUUUAUUUCCGUUAUUAUUUGAACGAUCGGAUCGCAUUUUAGAGCUUAGCUGAUGAAAUUUAAUUUUUUUCACCAACAAUUUAUGACUGAACAAAUCUUGUGUUUUAAUUCACCAGCCUAUAAGUAGGUAUACAGACGCUCGCAACUAUAUAAACAUAUCACAACCUCACAAAAUAAUCUAAGCCAAACUACACCCAUGUGGUUUAUCUAUAGGUGGGGACAAUCAAAAACUUUAGUGUUAGUUCGUUGUAUCCAUACAGUUGUUUAUGAACGAUUGUGACGUAACACGACGCCGUCGCGGUUGCAAACGUUCAACGCACGAAUGAAAUCAUAGCAACGUCCCAGAAUGUUUGUUAUUGUCGUUACUAUGAAAGCUUGUUACUAAGUUUUCAAGAUGCCGUCGUGUUGUGGAAUGAGUAAUGAUUCUCGGUGCGUUUAAAAUUUUAGUUUUCAAUUUCAUUUUUCGAGUUUUCGAAAUAGUUUGGCGGAUUCCGCUGCUAAAGGAUUCGAUUGCUCCGGCAAAAUUUCCGGCAAAAACUCUUAUGAAAUCUGAACCAGCAGCAACGGCAGCUUUUUGGUGCAUCAAAAGUUCCUAGAAGAAGCUGGCGGAGCAGAAUAUGUUGGGGGACUUAAGAGGAAUCCAUUCGAAAUUAGUUUUAAAAUAUAAAUUCCUAGUCAGUUUUCAUUUUUUGGGAACAAAAACAAAAAUUAUUUUAUCAUUUUCAUAAACAGCUUCUGGUUCAAAAUUCCGGAAAUGCCUAUAUAGAAUGCAAAAUGUAAGAUCACUUUUUAAAUAAAGUUUAGUGCCAGUUUGUCGAAUUUCUAACAAAAAUUUCAUAUUUGAAAUUCUCAAAAUGGACAAACGGUACGAGUUGUGUUAGUAUUUGGAAUCAUUUGGAAAUUAUUUAAUCGCUUUUACAAGGAAGGAUAAUAAGUUUCAAUUUUGAACGUAAGUACUUUCAUUAUUAUGACUUCACUGAAUACCCAAGCUCGAUGGUAUUAUGUACGUAUGAAAACUGUCGUCGCCAGGCGACUCCAACGUCGAGACGCCCGUGAACGAUUGUGACGUAGCAUUCAAAACAUUAAAAAAACUGAUUCUCACACUCGUGCAAGGGUAGUCUUGUCCCCACCUCUACAUAAACCACAUGGAAACUACACCACGCAGAAACUUGAUCUAGUUCACAUAUAUUAUUGACAUAACCCCUGGUCGAAGUCAUUAAAAAAAACCAGCUCUGUAAUUAUUUUUUCGUUUGGACGAAGAAGGUACCUAUAACAAAACCAUUUAAUUUUUUAUGUUCGCGUUAUACCAACAAAGCAUGCGUUUAAAGUUACAGAUUGCAAAUAAACAAUAGUUCGCAACAUAAGGUCAGUGACGUUUAAAUUUUGAUUUUACUAUUUUUGUGAGUAGAUUACUAGUAUCGAGGUUUGCCAUAAAGGGUUCUAAUGAAAUGAAAGGAAUAAAUGAAAGACUAACGAGUUAUUAUUGAUACUUUCCUUUUAAGGGGGGUGUAUAUAAUUGCCCCUAUAGAUGUAAAAAGCCAAAAUAAGCCAACCAUGUAAACCCGGUAGCGUCUAGUUUGAACUAUUUUUUGAAUGCUUAUAAAUUUUUUAGGAUUUAUACGGUGAUAUAAAAUUUAAAAUUGUGUUGUCUAAAAAUAAUUUGACCUGAGUUAAUAAAUAAUGUGUUUGAGUAAA